CCAAGCUUUGGCCGCGUUAUACCCAGGGGAACACAAUUAUGGACGGAGGUGGCAAGGUUUUUACACUUCUCAGCACAGUCUUCCUAUUAAGUCUCGCCCUUUCGAACAAAGUGUCUGCCUCAUCAGAAAUUCCUCUUCCAUGCAACUCUCCUUGUCUUUUGGUUACCACUCCUGAUCGCAUUUUGGCUUUGACUUACAACACCAAUUCGAGUUCUGUGGUCAUUCCCAAUUCAUCAUACGCUACAGCUUUAGACUACUACUACAAUGACUACAACAAGCGUGGCUUUAUAUUUUGGACCGACAGAGUGGAAAAGAGCAUUAAGCGUUCAAAUAUGGAUGGAACAAACAUAAAAGUUAUCUACAAUGGCCCAGAAGAAUGUUACGGACUAGCUGUGGAUUGGAACUCAUUACAGUUGUAUGGGACUGAUUUAACAAAUGAUACGAUAUGGGUAUCUGACUUUGAGGGAAGAAACAGGCGUAAAGUCAUUUCAGAUCUUGACACGCCUACAGGAAUUGCUCUCGACCCACACGAGGGAUUGAUGUUUUGGAAUGCAUGGGGAGACACCCCGAAAGUCGAGAAAUCAAACUUAGAUGGAACUCAACGUUUUGUUAUGGUAACGUCAAAUCAUACUGGGCCAAGUGGUAUCACUCUUGAUCGACGAAACAAACUUGUUUACUGGGUGAAUGAGUACAGUGGCGCAAUCGAAUCCGUUGAUUAUAAUGGGAACAACAGAACUUUACUCUUUCAGCAAAUUGGUUUAAACUUUUACUCAGUUUCCUUCAUCUCCCCUUAUUUAUUUACCACUGGGUGGAACACAAAUGGGAUUUUAAAAUUUGAUGUCUUCAAUGGAACUGUUGUAGGCGUUUUAUUAUUGUCCCGCGGAGGAGCUUAUGGACUCGUGGCAUAUGACAGCUACCGGCAGAUAUCAGGAAUCACGUGCCCGGGAUUGCCUUCACCAACAAACGGAACAAGACUUGGAUGUUCAGGGAAUGCAACUGAGUUUUAUGAUACAGUCUGUCAGUUUGAGUGCAAUAAUGGCUAUGUAGGAUCUGGUUCUCAAAUAAGAAGAUGUCAAGAGAAUAAAACUUGGAGUGGUGAUGAGUUUGUCUGUCAAAUUGUGAUGUGCCCUACUCCGUUGCCACCAGCCAACAGUGUUCGACAGGGAUGCACUGGGAAUGCAACAGAAUACCCUUAUAACACAGAGUGUCAGUUCUCCUGCAUUGAGGGCUAUAAACUGAUUGGCUCUAGCUUGAGAAAAUGCCAAGACAACGGGCUCUGGAGCGGAGGAGGGGAAUUUUAUUGCGAGAGAAUCACGUGCCCAGGAUUGCCUUCACCAACAAACGGAACAAGACUUGGAUGUUCAGGGAAUGCAACUGAGUUCUAUGAUACAGUCUGUCAGUUUGAGUGCAAUAAUGGCUAUGUAGGAUCUGGUUCUCAAAUAAGAAGAUGUCAAGUGAAUGAAACUUGGAGUGGUGAUGAGUUUGUCUGUCAAAGUACGUCCCAUAUCUUAGUGGCGCUUGAAAUGUAAAACUUUACAUUUUCUCUUUAGAACAGGCGCGAAAUAGGAAAUAAUCGACCUUAAGCGACCUUUUUAGACACAGUUUUUACUAUACAGGCGCAUUUUUCGAGGUUUCCUUCGAGUCUGU